GUUUCGUCCGAAGAACAGAUUGUGGUAAAAUAAAAAUGGAUUUAAAAAAUGUGUGCCAUUUAAGCGAAAUAGAAUUGUAAGCAUCACUCCAGUCAGAAGAGGCUCUGCGGACGUUCGAUUCCAUUCAUGUGUUAUGGGCUCGCGCUUGUGUUUCAGUUUAGCCAACGUUAUUUUGGCGUUUUCAGCCUUGGGUGAAUGUUGACUCGUUCUAUUGUCCAGCCGAUCUACGGUUUUACCGCAUCUGGUCCCUUCUGUAGAUAUGUUCCACAUGCCAGUAUGUUGUGGAAUGGGGUAUCACUCCAAUGUGUCGGCACUCAACUCUGUGUCGAACACCUGAAGACUGCGGGUCCUUGACUUACUUCCAAGCCAUUGUAAGAUCUUAUGCAUAUUACAGGACCACUGCACCUGUCAAAUAUGGAAAUAGACUGUGUCCACAAUUAUUAUACAAAGGCAAAAUACCAAAGCCACCAUCAAUAACAUGAACAUCAACAUAUAUUCUGAAAAAGAACGAGAUAAGAAGUAACAUACACGUGAAGCAGCUGCUCGGCUGCAAACACUUCCUGAUUGAUCCUCCUACUUCACUGACUGGCUACACAUUCCGCAUCGAACCGUUGCACGGUGUUACAGAGACGUGGGCUAGCACUAGCAACCACUCACGCACAGUGGAGGUUUCCUGAACAUCAUAUCAUGCUGCCUACACCAACGCAAAACAUGGAUGGAAAUCGACCGUUCGCCCAAAUGUCUUACUGCACCGUGGUAGAUAAAAAUGACCAGUGUAAAUUCAUAUGCUACACGCAUGAAGAUUCAGAGAUGUUCAAUGUUGGUUUGACAAAUGCCUCUGAUGUGUGGAGCACAGAUUUCACUGGUGAGACAUUGAACCAGUUUAGACAGAAGUUUGCCUUGAAGUCAACAGCGGAUUAUAUCAUGAAAAUUAGGUCUGCGUGUGGCAGUGGGAGUGUGUCUGUAUCAAUGCAGGACAGCUGUGCAGUGCUCUGUGUAGGCACCAGUCCAGGGGACCUGAAUGUGACUCUGUCCAGACUGAAACAGCCCGAGGCCAAAGAGAAACUGAGAGAGCUGCUGUUUAGAAUGGCAGACAGUCUGACUCGUUUAGACCAUACAACAGGCCCAGCCCCAUUCAGUCCUGGAAAGAGUCCACACAAACGCAGUACAGAUUUUGAGCCAAGGAGACAACCGCAGAGUGGCCAAACUCUGGCAGUCAAGAAGCGUCUUCCAGGAGAUUCUCUUAUCAACCCAGGAACAAGAAGAAAGCAUCCAGCAACCGGGGUGGCAUUUGAUGAUGAAGAUGAUCAAUGAUGAUUUUCUAAAGAGAAAUGACCACAGUUGCCUUCCAUCAUCACUCACAUUUCUGCUGCAUAUAACAAUUUAGUGCAUGAAUGUUAUUUUAUUCCACUGACACUGCAACAUCAUUUUAAAAAUCAACCUAUUUAAUGCUGUCUACAUGAUGACAAUCUGCUUUUUAAGGACUCAUAAGGUGUCUCCAAAGUGACACUAUUCCCUAUAUACUGCUCUACUUCUGACCAUAUGGGCCCAGGUCAAAAGUAGUGCACUAAUUAUGGAAUAGGGUGCCAUUUGGAAAACAACCAUGAUGAUCAUUACCUCAAUCACUGUGUGAAAACUUGAAACAUGGUUUUUAAAUGUAUUUUAAUCUUGACUUCUGUAAUAAAAAUUCAUUAAACAUUUUUUUUUUUACGUA